AUGUAUUCGGACAAUGCCCAAACAUUUAGAUGCGUCUCGAAACAUUUGAAAGUCUUAAGAUCCGACCCAGCGAUCCACGACCUUCUGGCAAUGCGGAAAACCGAAUGGAUUUUCUCGGCCAGCCGAGCCCCAUGGUGGACAGGGUUCUGGGAGCGCAUGGUGCGGACGAUGAAGGAUUUGUUUAGGCGCUCCAAUGGUCGUGCAUGUCUGGAAUACGACGAGCUAGAGGUUAGUCUCAUUGAAACCGAGAGCUUGGUGAAUGCACGGCCACUCACCUACGUGAUGAAUGGGAGCGACGACCCGCUCCCCAUCACCCCGAACCAGUUUCUCAACAAUAGGCGUUGGAACUGCACUCCGCCGGAGCCAGCCGAAAACCUCAUGGCUCCCAACGCAACCAAUUUGAAACUGCUGGAAAUGGAUCGUCAACGUAGGGAGUAUGUCAGCGAUAUCUGCAAACGAUUUGUGACGGACUACUUUCUCCAAAUCGACAAGUUCCACUGUAAAGGAGGACCCGGCCGCAAGAUCCGGGUAGAAGAGGUUGUCAUCCUUCACGAUGACAACACCAAGCGCCUUAUGUGGACGAUAGGAGUAGUGAAGGAGCUAAUCACUAGCAGAGACGGGUUGAUCCGUUAG